AUGUAUACCAAACAUAUGGCUACUUCAACAGGUCAAACAUUAGCUGAUCGAUAUUUGAUGACAAAACGACUUGGUGAUGGAACAUUUGGUGAAGUAUUACUUGCUAAAAAGCUUGAUACUGGUGAUAAAGUAGCUGUUAAAAGAAUGAAAAGAAAAUUUUAUUCAUGGAAUGAAGCAAUGGCAUUACGUGAAGUGAAAUCAUUGAAAAAGAUGAAUCAUCCAAAUAUUAUCAAAUUACGUGAAGUGAUACGUGAAAACGACAAUUUAUAUUUUGUUUUCGAAUAUAUGCAAGAAAAUUUAUAUGAACUUAUGAAAGACAGGGAUCGAUAUUUUCCAGAACAUAUUAUACGGAAUAUAAUUUAUCAAGUAUUACAAGGUUUAGCUUAUAUGCAUAAAAAUGGUUUCUUCCAUCGUGACAUGAAACCGGAAAAUAUUAUGUGUAAUGGUACCGAACUUGUUAAAAUUGCUGAUUUUGGCUUAGCACGUGAAAUCCGUUCAAGGCCACCAUUUACUGAUUAUGUUUCCACUCGUUGGUAUCGAGCUCCAGAAAUUCUUUUACGUUCCACAUCAUAUAAUUCACCAAUCGAUAUCUGGGCUCUUGGCUGCAUUAUGGCUGAAUUAUAUAUGCUUAGGCCAUUAUUUCCUGGUACUUCAGAAUUGGAUCAACUUUUUAAAAUUAUUACAAUAUUAGGAACACCUAAUAAGGAUGAUUGGCCUGAAGGUUAUCAAUUAGCUGUAGCAAUGAAUUUUAAAUUUCAACAAUGUGUGCCAAUACCGUUUGCAACAAUUGUAAAUUCUGUGGGUGACGAUGGUCUUCAAUUAAUGACCGAUAUGAUGCUUUGGAAUCCGGAAAAACGUCCUAGUGCUAUUGGUUCAUUAAAAUACAAAUAUUUUUUGGUUGGUGAAAAAUUAGGUGCACAAGCAAUAAGUCAACCAACGACAUCAAAUCGUGAAACAAGUGCCAAUUCAACAUUAUCUGAUUCAUAUAUUUUAAUUGGUAAAACAAAAUUAAAAACGAAUAAUAAUAUUUCGGAGACAAAAAUUGAUAUGGGAAAAAAUAUAAAUGCUGAACGAAAUAUUAAUAGGAAUUUACCAAUUGUAAAAUUAUUAGAUGAACAACCAUCAAAAGAUGAUACAUUAUUGGAUAAGAAUAGUCAUACAAUUGCUGGUACCAUUGUUAUGAAAGCUAAAUUACCUGCUAAAGAAUUAUAUAUGUCAAAAUCAAGAUAUAUGCCUGGUAUUACAAUAAAUCAGAUAAAUCAACAAAAUAACAGUGAGCCAAUGAAACGAUCAAAUUUAAAGCCAAAUCCAGCACGAUCAGCAGUACAGGCUCGUUUUGAAUAUGCUUAUGGAUAUGUUCCAUCAUUUGGUGUUCGAAAAAAUCCAUUCAAUAAUAUUAAUAAUACAAGCACAAAACCAUCCGGACGAAUUGAUUGGACAGCAAAGUAA